AUGGUCAAGAUCACUGGAUUUGCAACCCACGAUGUUCGCUUCCCAACCUCAUUGACGGGGGAUGGCACAGAUGCAAUGAAUACCGAUUGCGACUAUUCGUCGGCCUAUGUGACGUUGUUCACCGAUUCCGACCUCGUUGGACAUGGGAUGACUUUCACCAUCGGGAGAGGAAACGACAUCGUCUGCACUGCGAUCCAGGAGGUCUCGAAGCGUCUCGUUGACAAAGACGUCGACGAACUGUUCUUGGACAUGGGCAAGACCUGGGAUUACUUGAUGGCAGACCCUCAGCUACGAUGGAUCGGUCCAGAAAAAGGUGUCAUCCAUAUCGCCACGGGCGCCGUUAACAACGCUCUUUGGGACAUGUACGCGAGGUCCAGGAAGAAACCUCUCUGGAAACUCAUCGCCGACUUCACUCCUGAAGAGCUCGUCAGGUCUGCCACUUUCAGGUACAUAUCUGACGUCAUCACGAAAGAGGAGGCGAUUGCCCUUGUCACUGCUAAACAAGCAGGCAAAGCCGAACGAGAGAAAACCGUGCGGGAGAUUGGAUAUCCGGCUUAUGUUACCUCCGCUGGUUGGCUAGGCUAUAGCGACGAGAAAAUCGCGCAACUCACCAACGAGGCCGUCGCUGGAGGCUUCAACCAUUUCAAGAUGAAGGUUGGGGCUAACCAGGCUGACGACAUCAGAAGAGGGAAGCUCAUCCGAUCCAUCAUCGAUGAUCCCCAAUACCUUCCGGCUGGAGCCUCUCAAAGGGAUCCAUAUGGUGAAGCCCUGAAAGGGAAGAAUGCGGGCCCAACCGGCGCUGUUCUCAUGAUUGACGCAAACCAGGUUUGGGACGUCGAUCAAGCCAUCGACUAUGUGAAGGGAUUGUCCGAAAUCAAGCCCUGGUUUAUCGAGGAGCCGACAGCGCCGGACGACAUCCUGGGACACGCUGCAAUCCGCAAAGCUUUGAAACCACAUGGGAUAGGAGUCGCCACGGGUGAACAUGCUCACAAUCGAAUGGUCUUCAAACAGUUUCUCCAGGCCGAUGCAAUUGAUGUCGCUCAAAUCGACUCGUGCAGAUUGGCAGGCGUGACUGAAGUAUUGAGCGUUCUUUUAAUGGCUGCAAAGUUCGGAGUCCUUGUCUGUCCGCACGCAGGGGGUGUAGGAUUGUGCGAGUACGUUAUUCACCUCAGUUUAAUUGAUUACAUCUGCAUCUCCGGCUCGAUGGAACGGAACGUACUUGAAUACGUUGAUCAUCUCCACGAACACUUCGUAAAUCCUUGUUCAAUAAACGCCCAAGGUCGCUACAACGUGCCCGUCAAUCCUGAUGAAGGAUACAGCAUUGAGAUGCACAAAGAAAGCAUCGCGACUUACGAAUGGCCCAACGGCAGUUAUUGGGCUAGUCGCAAUGCAGGUAAUUGACGGUGGAGCCGCUGUCGGAAGCGUGAAUUAGAGUUGGCAUAAGUCGCUAUCCAGGUCUCCGAAUCGCAGUAUGUCUAAUUGUAUGUACCUGGAGCGCUAUAUCUUCCUCCUCACUGUCCCGAGUCCCAAACCAAUCGUCAGAGCCAAUCUACUGGUUGUGGUUAAAUCUUC